GCGGCGGGCGGGCGGCAGCGCCUCUGCAGCCGCGGCGGGGCCGGGGCAUGAGGUGCGCAUGGAGCCGGGAAACCUCUCCCGGGGCAGCGGCGGCGGCAACGAGAGCGGCGGGGCUGCGGCGGCGGCGGGGCCGGCCGGGUGGUCGGCGGCGGCGCUGGCCUCGCAGGCGGCCGCGCUGCUGCUCAUCUUCGCCCUGUCGGCGCUGGGCAACGGGGCGGUGCUGCUGGUGAUCGCCCGGCACCGGCAGCUCCGCACGGUCACCAACGCCUUCGUGCUGUCGCUGUCUCUGUCGGAGCUGCUGGGCGCCCUGCUCUGCCUGCCCCUGGCCUUCCUCAGCCUGCUCAGCCGCCCGCCCGGCGCUUGGCUCUUCGGGCAGCGCCUGUGCCUGGCCAGCGCCGCCCUGCACGCCGGGCUGGGCAUCGCCGCCACGCUCACCAUGGCCCUGCUCUCCUUCGACCGCUACUGUGCCAUCGUGCGCCAGCCCCGGCACAAGAUGGGCCGCCGCCGCGCUGCCCAGCUGCUGGCGGCUGUCUGGCUGUGCGCCCUGGCGCUGGCCGGGCCCUGGUACGGGCUGGCGGGCGAGGGGCAUCGCGAAGCCCGUCCCGGCGCCUACCGCUGCGUCUACGUGCUGCCCUGGGGCUCCUCGCGGCUGGGGCCGCCCUACGGCGCGGCCCUCAUCGUGCUCUGCUACCUCCUGCCCUUCGCCGUCAUGUGCUUCUGCCACUUCAACAUCUGCCGGGCGGUGCGCCUGGCCGAGAGCCGCGUGCGGCCCCUCACCACCUACGGGCACCUGCUGCGCGCCUACGGGGAGAUGCGCACGGCCACCACCGUCCUCAUCAUGAUCGUCUCCAUCAUCUGCUGCUGGGGACCCUACUGCAUCCUGGGGCUCGCCGCCGCCGCCGGCCACCUGCCCUUCUCGCCCACCAUGGACGCCGUGGCCAGCGGGAUGGCCUGGGCCAACGGCGCCAUCAACCCCCUCAUCUACGCCGCCCGCAACCCCAACAUCUCUGUGCUGCUGCGGCGCAGCCGGGAGGGGGGCUACAGGACUCGCAACAACAUGGUCGCCUACCUGUCGGUCCCAGGCCACCAGCCGGAGCCCCGCAGCCGGGCUGACCGUGUCCGGGAACGCUACAUCAAUCGGCACAGCGGCCCCCCCGGCAGCGCCCUGUCCUCCUCUAGCCCGGCGAGCGGGGGAGAGGUGGCCAUGUGGGCCUGCAAGACUCCUGCUGUGCUCUUCUGUCGGGAUGGGCAGCCGGACACCAUUUCUGAGGCCACCUUGAAGACCAAAGCAGGCACCAUCGACACCAGCCUCUGAAAGGACAGGGGUCCUGGAUGGAGGCAUUGGGUCCCGGGGCUGUCUCCUUGAGGAAAGAUAUUUUUUUUAAAUACUGUGAAUAUGAGAAACAUGAGUUCCACAGACAGACUGAGGAAAAGUGUGUGACCACAGACUGUGGUGUCACUGAGUUUGUGCUCAAAGGUGUGUGUUUUCUUUUUGAACUCACCUGAAGUGUCUCUUGUCUCUAAGCGUUUAACUGUUUUUAGAGAAGCUGUGUGGGAGAGGUAUCUGAAAGGAGAGGUAAAGCAAUACCAUGUGCUCCCUGUGUGCUCUUCAGCAUGUGAAAAUCUGUAUAUGCAGAGAACAGGUAUUAUUGUAUUGAUGGCAGCAAUCCAUUGGAGUUUAAUAUAUAAAAACCACCUCUGUUUGGUGUUGAAAAGGAAGGAAAAUAACACAAUAGAAGUGUGAUUGUAUGGCAUAAAUUUGUAUUAAUUUAUCAGUGUAAUCUUUUUGUUCGAAGGCCUAAAGCCUUAAACUAGUAUUUUGAAUCAGAAACUAAGAUUGGGCCUUCCUUUGUUUUUGCCACAGUUAAGUGUGAGAGGUGGGCAGUGUUUUUCCGUGUACAGGCUUUAAAAAUACAAUGUUUCAGUUUUACCGGAUUUUUUCAACUGUUUGUGACGCAAGUAAACACACUGUCAUUAUUUUGUGAGACAAGAAAUAAAUUGUCUUUUAUGCAGGACAUGAAA